GGCCCGCGCUCACCAGUCCAGCGCAGCCGUGGAAACUCUUACUGUUGCUCCGAAUCAGCGGGUUUUUGGGACCCAUCUCCCUCCCGCCUAUCAAGCCGCCAUCGCCGGCGCUCCAGCAGCAGCGCGAGGGCGGUGUGAUCGGCGAGAGCAGUUUCACAUCCAGGGUGAACUAGGUGAGGACGGUGAACGAGUAGGCGGUGGACGAUGGCGGCGACCGUAGACGACCUCCUGAGGCUGGAGAUGCCUGCAGAUGAGAAGCGCAUUAUUGCAGAGUACAUCUGGGUUGGAGGGAGCGGUCUUGACCUCAGGAGCAAGCCCCGCACUCUGCCUGGUCCCGUCAAGUCGGUGUCUGAGCUUCCCAAGUGGAACUACGAUGGCUCCAGCACGGGCCAGGCUCCCGGCGAGGACAGUGAGGUGAUUCUCUAUCCGCAGGCCAUCUUCAGGGAUCCCUUCCGAGGCGGCGACAACAUCCUUGUCAUGUGCGACUGCUACACUCCUCAGGGCGAGCCCAUUCCCACCAACACCCGCUACGCUGCCAACAAGCUGUUCCAGCAGGCGCUCGAUGCGGAGCCGUGGUUCGGCCUGGAGCAGGAGUACACUUUGCUGGAGAAGGAGCACAAGUGGCCGCUGGGCUGGCCCGUUAAUGGCUACCCCGGCCCGCAGGGCCCGUACUACUGCGGCGUGGGUGCGGACAAGGCGUGGGGGAGGCGCAUCGUGGACGCCCACUACAAGGCCUGCGUGUACGCCGGUAUCACGAUCAGCGGGACCAACGGCGAGGUGAUGCCCGGGCAAUGGGAGUUCCAGGUGGGGCCAGCUGUCGGCAUCGCGGCGGGCGACGAGCUGUGGGUGGCGCGAUACUUGCUGGAGCGGAUUACUGAGUUGGAGGGGGUGAUUUUGUCCUUGGACCCGAAGCCCGUGGAAGGCGACUGGAACGGUGCCGGGUGUCACUGCAACUUCAGCACCAAGGCGAUGAGGGAGGACGGCGGAUGGGACGUGAUCAUGGAGGGCGUGAAGAAUCUGGAGCUGAGGCACAAGGAACACAUCAAGGCGUACGGCGAGGGCAACGAGAGGCGGCUCACGGGCCGCCACGAGACGGCCAGCAUGGACCGGUUCUCGUGGGCCGUUGCGAGCAGAGGAACGUCCGUGAGGAUCGGAAGAGAAACGGAGGCGAAGAAGAAGGGGUACAUGGAGGACCGUCGCCCGGCGUCCAACAUGGACCCGUACGUCGUCACCUCCCUGGUCUUCGACACCACCACGCUCUGGAAGCCAUAGAGUGUGGUCUAUACAGUAUAGUUUUUUUCGUUAAGUAUAGCGUACCACAGGCGAAUUGUGUGAGACGUAUGAUUGCAAUGGUAGGUGCAAGCCUGUUUGAAAUUCGAGUAGCUUAUAUUUCGGUCGUUGCCCUGGUCUGAGCAGUAAGGGUGAAUUAAAUAAAUAAUAACGAUUCAUUCAUGACGUACGGUAGAUAUAUCCGGUCAGCACCUCACAUCUCGAGCCAGUGCCGAUAGUUCAUUGUCUUCCAACUGACUUCUUGGUUGUUAUUUUUAUUUUUGUGAGCGUGUGUGUGCGUGUGCACACACAGAGAGAGAGAGAGAGAGGUGUAGUCGAGGAACGAAUAGUGUAAUCGUUUUUGUCGUAAUAUCCGGCAGGAGUGAGGUAACGACUGGAUAUGUCCCCCGGAUUGACAUGGGGAGGGCUCUCCUCUUCAUCGGCGUCCUAUGGCGGCGGGUAGCAAGGAUUGGUGCUAGUUCUCUUUUUUGAAAUUUAAGGUCCGAGAUUGUUUUUAUGAGGUGGCUGCUUGCAUCGACCUCGUUUUCAUCCGGUUUGAUAGUGUUUAUCUGCAUAUCUGCCUUCGUUUUUAUGAG